UCUUCGUAGCGUUGUCUGCUGCUUUUUUGGUGUCAACAACAGGUUGAAGUUUUUCAGCAACAUCAGCUGCUAAUGUUGCAUUAACGAUUGUUAGAAUUACGAGGAGGAAGACUAAGAAAAAACGGCUUGCCAUGGUAUAUGUAUAUGUGUGUUGAUGAUUUUGAUCCCCUGGUCUCUUCUAUUGAAUGUUUGCGGUAUAUUUUCAAAUGGUAUUUACAAUUGUUUUCCGUGAGGUUCAGAGAGCAGAUGAUUGAUUAAACUUUUCAAGGAGAAUUGAAGAGAAAUGGGAAUGGAGAUUUGAAAUUUACUUGUAAUGAAGAUGGACGUAUUAUGUUCAGUGUUUUAUUAGGCUAUUUUGCUAUUUAGGGUUAAGGUGUUUGUUUUGUUCUCUUUUCUCUAUAAAUAAAAAGAUAUGGUUUUUGUAACUAUUUAUAGGAUAUUGUUUGGGUAUUCUAACUAGUUAUUCGUUUUCAGAUGCAUGUAUCUGAUAACUGAAAACAAUCUAUUUAUCCGAAGCUAAUUAUUUGUUGUUAGUAUAUACUUUACCUUGUUGAGUUAAAUUAUAUUCUCCGUUUUUUUUCCUUUAUGGUAAUGUAUACUUCUUUUGUUCAAAAUAAAAAGGUAAUGUAUACUUAUUUUUUUUUUUGGUCAAGCAGUAAUGUAUAGUUCUACCUAGAGUUUUCCUUACUAAGUUUUAUUUGGAUUUUCCUGUAUAUUGUUUGUCAUUGAUCUUCAGCAGUAUUGGAACAUGUACUAGCCAACUGGAAAAUGGGCAUAAAUUACUACUAGUAUAAUAGACCCUUUUAACCAUAAGCAUUUAAUGGUCAUUAUAACCACUUAGAUCACGUACAUGAUCAUAUAUUAAUCAUAAAUUAACACAAGCUAAACAUUUUUAUUACAACAUCAAAUCCUAACCUCCGUACUAUGCACGAAUUCCACUGAACCUGAGUGCAUGCAAACCUUUUUUUUUGUGCAACAACAUGCAAACCUUUUUUUAAGGAAUCAAAAAAUAUUAAAUGAAACGAGCCUUUUUAAGUGUAAUAAGAAACACAAGAGUAACAUUUCAUCAUAUGAAGAAGAACCAUGCAGCUGCGAUGAGAACAGAUCCAGAGAUAGAGAUCUCAAGCGACGAGGCUCUUCCCGUCGGGGCUGAAGCUUCGGGGCCUUCACUGGUGGGUCCUUCAUCAGGGGACGACGACGGAGACAUGUCUGGUGUCGGAGACGGCGGAGAAGAUGCGGAUGGUGAGUCGGACGAGCUAGUAGGACCUUCAGACGAGCUUGUAGGGCCUUCGGACGAGCUUGUAGGACCUUCCGAUGAGCUUGUAGGACCUUCGGAUGAGCUGGUAGGACCUCCGGUGCUUGAGUCGGGGCUUGGAGCCGGAGUUUUGGCUGACGAAGAUUUUGGAGCGUUUGUGGGGGCGCCACCACCUGAAGAUGGGGAAGCGCUUGGAGUGGCGGAGGAGUUCUUCUUGGUGGUGGUGGGAGCAGAAGCCGUAGGCGGCGAGGUUGGGGCGGAAGCGGUGGAUUUUGGGGAUGCUGCGGCGGGUUGUUUGGGGGAUCCUGCGGUGGUUGGUUUUGGUGAUCCUGCGGCGGGUUGUUUGGGGGAUGCUGCGGCGGAUUGUUUGGGGGAUGCUGCGGCGGCGGGAGGAGUGGGUGAGCUUUUGUUGGCGUUGGCUUUAGGCGCUCCGGCUGGUGUUGGAGGAUCAGCGGCGAAGACGGCGGUAAUGGCCAAGACGGCGACGGCGAGAGAUAGGAGCGUAAUGGUCCUUGUCAUCUUUAUAUGUGAAUGUGAGAUUUUCUUAAAUGCGGUAAUUAAUUAUUAAAUUACUUACUUUUCUUAUCUCUUGUUUGCUUAAUGGCAAUGGUGAAAACUAUAAAAGGGAAGAAAAGAGAUAUAGGGGAUUUAACCGAAGUUUCAGUUGACCGGGUCCAUAGGAGCUUGUCUUGGAAAAUUUUAUUGGUUUCAUCUUUUGUUUAGUUAAAGAGAGAACAUGUGGUGAUGGUAAUUUCCACUUUCAAAAGACAAUUGAGAGAACACGUGUCCUGUGUCCAACGUAAUGAGACUAUGUGAGAGUGAAGAUCAUAUUUAAGUUUAAAUUUAGACAGGAAAGUGAAGAUUAGUUAGCAUGGUGAGAUUCGUUUUACACUAAUUUUCUUCAGGUCUUUCUCAGCGUUUUGUAGUAUCCACACAGUUUUAUUUUAGUUAUCAUUUAGAGUAAAAUACUUAUUUCAGAAUAAGUAUCAUUUCUAAUUUCAAUACAAAAUAUAUUAAUUUUAUAUUUAAUCUAUUAUUUUAAUAGUUAGAUAUAUAUAUAUAUAUAUAUAUAAUAAUGUUUUUAUUUAAAAAAUAUACAAAAUUAAAUAUUUUUUAAUAUGUGUGGCUGCAUAGGUUUAAAACGAUAAUUAAAUUGAAAUAGAAAAAGUAAUAACUAGUUACUUCAGAUUCAUAAUAGGAAAAUAUCUUACGAUAUCACUAAAAAAGUUUGUUACAAAUAUAAACUCUAAAAGGAUCAAAAUGACAAAAAUGACAAAAAUAUUUUAUUAAAGAGGUAAAUAUACACUUAUAUCUUUAGAUAACUAAUUCAAACUUUAGGAUUUAGAGUUAAGGGGUGGAGAUUUGAGAUCGAGAUUUAAAAUUUUAUAAAUUAAAGAUAAAUAUUAAAAAUUUGAAUAUAAAAUUUUAAAAAUAGUUUCAAAAUGUAUAUUCGAAUUACAAAAUAAAAAUUUGAAAAAGAUAAUAAAAAAUUUCGGAAAAAAAUUAUAAUAACUUUUUUAUAUAAAAGUUCGAAUUUGAAAACAUAUAAUCUAAAACUAGAAAAAAAAAUUAUUUUUAAUUUUUUUUUAUUUUUUUAUUUUUUAAUAUAUCUAAA